GGCGGAGUCCAACCAACGCUGCAUGAGCGAAGCGUUGGUUGGACUCCGCCCAACUAAAGAUGCUGGUACCAAUUUUCACGCUCAAACUGAACCAGAAGAUCUUCCCCAGACUGGUGACGGUCGGACAUUACGAUGGCAGGCAUCCAUCACUAACUGCAGCUACAAAUGGUGGAAAGGUUUUCAUACACACACCUCACCGGCGUAUGUCCAGCCCCUCCCCCUCAACCAUAUCCACUGCUCGUCUCUCAGUAUCUUCCUCAGACUCUGACAUCACUCUGCUGAGUAUCGGACAACAUGUGACAUCAUUGCACAGGAAAAAUAUCUAAAUUUCCUAUACUUUCAGGAUAGUACAAAAUUUCCUGUAGACUUUCCUUUAUGAAUCUUACACAUGUCCUGAACUUCUUCAGGAAUAGUAAAGGAAACUAUACAGGAAACGUUGCACUAUCCUUUGUAAGUAGGUUGCAGGACACUUGCAGGACACCUGCCAUUUUUCAGGAAAUGUGCAGAUUUUAUGGGCUGCAAUGUAGCAGCACUGUAGCAGGAAAUUUAAAUAUUUUCCCUGUGUUGGCAGCGGGGAAACUGGAUCCGGAACUGAACCAGGACGUGUUGGUGGUGGGUACCCAAACCAACGUACUGGCAUAUGAUGUGGAGCAAAACUCUGAGCUGUUCUAUAAGGAGCUGCCUGAUGGAGCUAAUACCAUACUGAUAGGGCAGCUGGCGGACAUGAGUAAGCCCCUGGCCUUUGUGGGGGGUAAUUGUGCAAUCACAGGACUGGACCACGAGGGACAAGACUCGUUCUGGACAGUAACCGGGGACAAUGUGUGCUCGCUGGCCCUGGCGGACUUUAACUCUGAUGGGAGGAGUGAGCUGCUGGUCGGCUCUGAGGACUAUGACAUCAGAGUGUUCCAGGGCGAUGAACUGUACGCAGGGAGACAAAUUCAGUUACGCCCUCGCCAAUGGAAUAGUGGGCGUGUACAGCGGACAAGAGAGAUUCUGGAGGAUCAAAUCGAAGCACCAGCCGAUAUGUAUGGCAGGGUUUGACAUGAAUGAGGACGGAGUGCCUGAGGUGAUAACAGGGUGGUCGAGUGGGAAGGUGGACGUUCGUAGCAGUCAGACCGGUAACGUCAUUUACAAGGACACCUUCUCCUCCACUGUGGCCGGCAUUGUACAGGCUGACUACCGAUUGGAUGGCAAAGAGGAGUUGAUCUGUUGCUCUGUGGAGGGAGAGGUCAGAGGUUACCUGCCUGCUAGUAUGGGGAUGGUCUCCCAGCAACACAGCCUGUCAUUGGGGCCGGAGAGCAAGGCACUGCA